AUGGCGGGUGCUUCAGUGAAAGUCGCUGUCCGCGUACGGCCCUUCAACUCCCGGGAGAUUGCACACGAUUCCAAAUGCGUCAUCCAGAUGCAAGGCACGACUACCUGUAUUUCAAACCCAAAACAGCCCAAAGAUGCUCCAAAGAACUUCACCUUCGACUAUUCCUAUUGGUCGCACACGACAGCGGAAGACCCAAACUUUGCCUCCCAGCGUCAGGUGUACAAGGACAUCGGCGAGGAGAUGCUCUUGCACGCGUUUGAAGGAUAUAACGUCUGUAUCUUCGCCUACGGACAGACGGGGGCUGGAAAGUCCUACACCAUGAUGGGAAAACCAGAGCCAGAGCAACACGGGAUCAUCCCUCAGUUAUGUGAAGAUUUAUUUGCCCGCGUCAGCAGUAACAAGAGCCCUGAUCUGGCCUACUCUGUGGAGGUCAGCUACAUGGAAAUCUACUGUGAGAGAGUCCGUGAUCUGCUGAGCCCCAAGAGUAAGGGGAACCUGCGUGUCAGAGAGCACCCCAUCAUGGGCCCCUAUGUGGAGGACCUGUCUAAGCUGGCUGUUACUUCCUAUGAUGAUAUCGCCGACCUCAUGGACUGCGGGAAUAAGGCCAGGACUGUUGCUGCCACCAACAUGAAUGAGACCAGCAGCCGAUCCCACGCCGUCUUCACCAUCGUCUUCACACAGAAGAGACACGAUGAGAUGACCAACCUGGACACUGAGAAGGUCAGUAAGAUCAGCCUGGUGGAUUUAGCUGGCAGUGAGCGGGCCGAUUCUUCGGGGGCAAAAGGAACCCGACUUAAAGAAGGAGCCAACAUCAACAAGUCGCUGACUACGUUGGGGAAGGUGAUUUCUGCCUUGGCUGAAAUGCAAUGCAAGAAGAAAAAGUCAGAUUUUAUCCCGUACCGGGACUCCGCUCUCACCUGGCUCUUGAAGGAAAACUUGGGAGGAAACUCCCGUACCGCCAUGAUCGCAGCACUGAGUCCAGCGGAUAUCAACUACGAGGAGACACUGAGUACCCUCCGAUAUGCCGACCGGGCGAAGCAGAUCAAAUGCAAUGCAGUUAUUAACGAGGACCCCAACGCCAGAUUAAUCCGGGAGCUGAAGGAGGAAGUGGCCAGACUGAGACAGCUGUUGUUCACCCAAGGACUGGCGGACCUGACUGUAGACGAAGGUAUCUCUGUUCCCGGCCCCUCCCUACAGUCCACAGCGCCGGUGUCUCCACCACCUAAGUUGGGAUCCCCACCCCCUUUGUCCCCUCCUGCCGUCAAUGGUCAGGCGGAGCCUUUCUCUGAGGUUGUCGAAGAAGCCGAGAUCUGUACAGAGGAGGCCAUAGAGAGGCUUCAAGAGACGGAGAAGAUCAUCGCGGAACUCAACGAGACGUGGGAGGAAAAAUUACGCAAGACUGAGGCCAUGCGCAUGGAGAGGGAGGCGCUGUUGGCGGAAAUGGGUGUGGCUGUAAGAGAAGAUGGCGGGACAGUGGGCGUCUUUUCCCCAAAAAAGAUCCCUCACCUGGUCAACCUGAAUGAAGACCCGCUUAUGUCAGAGUGCCUGCUCUACCACUUAAAGGAGGGUGUCACGCGGGUGGGUCGGGUAGAUGUUGACAUCAAGCUGAGUGGCCAGUUCAUCAAGGAGCAGCACUGCCUAUUUCACUGUACCACCAAUGAUAAUGGAGAAGUCAUUGUCACCCUGAAGUCUUGCGAGGGGGCCGACACUUACGUCAAUGGAAAGCAGGUGACCCAAUCCAUGGUAUUAAAAUCAGGAAACAGGAUAGUGAUGGGGAAGAACCACGUCUUUCGUUUUAACCACCCGGAGCAGGCGCGCCUGGAGAGGGAGAGAAGUAACGCAGCGAUAGAAAAUCAGAACGAACCCGUCGAUUGGAACUUUGCCCAGCGAGAACUUCUAGAACAACAAGGGAUCGACAUCAAACUGGAGAUGGAGAAACGGUUGCAGGAUCUGGAGGUCCAGUAUAAGAAGGAGAAAGAGGAGGCUGAUCUUACCCUGGAGCAGCAGAGACUGUACGGGGAUUCGGACAGCGGCGACGACUCUGACAAGCGUUCCUGCGAGGAGAGCUGGCGCCUCAUCUCCUCCCUCCGGGAGAAAGUCCCUCCAGGCAAAGUGCAGAGCAUCGUACGGCGCUGCGGGCUCCCAAGCAGCGGCAAGAAACGGGAGCCCAUCAGGGUGUACCAGAUCCCCCAACGCCGGCGUCUGGGCAAAGACCCGCGAUUCCUGACCUUGGCGGACCUGAAGAUGCAGGCGGUGAAGGAGAUCUGCUAUGAGGUGGCGCUGAACGACUUCAAGCACAGCAAACAGGAGAUCGAAGCCAUGGCUGUCAUCAAGAUGAAGGAGCUGUGCAGGACGUACGGCCAAAGGGAUGUCGUGGAGAAGGAUGGCUGGAAGGCCGUGGCUCGGGACGUCUGGGAUACUGUCGGGGUGGGAGAGGAGGAUUCUGGGAGCAAAGGCGGGGUCCAGGAUCUGAAGGCGCACAUCGACAAACUGACCGACAUCUUGCAGGAGGUGAAAAUGCAAAACAACAUGAAGGACGAAGAGAUCCGGGCUCUACGAGACCGCAUGGUGAAGAUGGAGAGGGUCAUACCAGUGGCACAGGUGAGAGAGAAGUUCCGUGUAUGUUGCUAUUGUUUUAUUUCCUCUUUGUACUUCUGUUUCACUUUUUCAAGGUACAACAAAUAUAUAUAA